AUGGCGGUUCCAAAGUUCAUAUGUGCCAACUGGAGCCCCGACCAGACGGAUUGCAACAAGGAAGGGAAAUACACAUGCAAGAACUGUCGGCUGAUCCUUACUGACAGUACUGCGGUCCAAACUGCCAAAAGUCUCAUUGGUCUGAUCACAAGAUUGACUCCAGCCUGGGUUCUCGAAAACAGAACCCCUGAAUUUAUCAGGUCGGGUAUCGUGGUGAUGGGGGAGGAAAAAUACCUCUGGGGUAACGUCCCUGCGCUUGAUGUCUUGAAACUGGCAUCAAACGAAGGAGAAAGCUAUGGUGAAGAUCUUCGCCUCCUAUUUGCAGCCUCAGGAGACCUUCGAAAUGUGAUCAAGACGCUCACCGAUCUCCCCGUCAACUAUAACCAAUCAGUCAGCGUCACAAUAAAUGACAGAGACUUCGAUGUUGUCGCCCGCAAUAUCAUCUUGACUCUUGUUGCAUUGGUUGUCGAUGAUCGUGAUAAGGCUAUCGACUGUAUUAUUCAUAUUUGGUACUCGGCACUUGUGCGAGACUCAGAUAUCGACAUCCUUUGGAAUCGGGUUCGGCCUUUGGUCCAGGAAAUCUGCGAGGAAGUCAAUAGCAAACCACCUGGAGCAUUGCUUGCCAAAACCUGGAAAUUUGGGAAUCGCUCGUUGAGGGUGGUCCUCGAGCAGUCGUCGUGGAACCGCCUCUUAUCAUAUUUCCGCGUACCAGCUGGGUUAACACCUGAGCAGGCAAUCAAGGUCCGUACAAACAACACCUUGGAUCCUUCAAGACAGGACUACCGCGACCGACACAUGUCCGUUCUUUCCCCAGUCCAACGGAUUCCAUUUCAUAAGUUUCGCCAAGACGGCUUGUUGCUUCCCUUUGGAAUGCCGCGGCACGAGUUCAACAACCCAAAUCCGACCUUGUAUCAAACUCCAGACUCCUGGCCAAUGCCAGACAGCGCAGACCCUCUGAAUUCUUGGUCUCUGGAAGACGUCUUGCAUACAUCCAGCGGACCCGCGACAGCAGAUACCUACGGCAAGUUGUAUUUUCAUCUUCGCGGAGUGUUUGGAUCUUUCAUGCAUAGAAUAUCCGAUGCCGAAGUAUCGUUUGAAUUCCAUCAUGUUGACGCCUCUUACCUUCCCAAUCGUCUGCAAACGGGAUCUUUUAGCCGGAUUGACAAUGCUAAUUAUGCGGUCUUAGGUGUCGAACAUCUCCGACAUAGGAUAUCUGGCGACACUCUGUAUUUGAUGAUACCCUUGCUGCAGCCGCAUACAGAAAAUCCACACGCCACUGUCAUAACCCUCUUCAUGAACGCCAUAGAUCAGGUCAUGACUGAUGCAGACAGAAUGCAGAUCAUUGAACAUGAUAGUAGAAUAAAGAAGGAUUUACCCAGAUUCCUUCCCCAGAAUACUCGACCCUGCUCCCCUUAUGAUCCUAGCAUUGUGAAAAUGGUCUUCGCGGGAGGUGUCAUCGCCAGACAUGACCAUAUCUUCAAUCGGUAUCAGAACGGCCUCCAUUUUCGCGAAGCGGGAGAGGCCUUUGGCGCGCGGAUGAAGAAACGACAUACCAUUGUCGACAGAUGGCCCUGUCGGUUGAAACUUCGCCCUGAUCAGGCUGGUGCGCAAGAGGAAUUCGACCGGUGCAUGCGGCAGGGAAAUACAGGGAAGGAACGCUUUGUCGAGUGGAAGAGAAUGGAGUAGACCGUGAUUUUGGCGAUGUUGCUUCCCUUGUUGUUGUUUCCCUUGUUGUUGGUUUGCCAUUACAAUGGAAAGGUUUCCAAUAUCACGAGAUCAGAGGGCUCGACCUUGAAGACUAUCGCACGAUUGCAGAUGGG